AUGGCUCAGCUCUGCGAAGCCUGUGCAAGAUUCGCUACCUGCAAUCUCCCAGCAAAGCAGGUAUGGUAUAAUGCGAAGUUCCCACACUAUGCUUCAGGUACCGAGCUUCAUCAGUCGGCGGAGAGAGGUUGCCAUCUCUGCCAAUUUAUCGAGGCGGCUCUACUGAGAUACAACCGGACACCGGGCGAAACAAGUCUGCCGGACAGGCAGAUAUGGUUACAAUGCGUGCAGCAAUCGCACAACCACAAUACUAAUGCCAUUCAGAUUUCCAUCGAGCCAUUGGGUUUACGCUCUGCGGGCUAUAGGGGACUUGAUACCUAUGACGUCGAUCACUGUCUAUGGCUACCCGCGGAGGACGAUACUGAGCAAAAGCUUGCAAUGCUGGAGGCCAUGUCCAACGGGCCACUGGGCAAGCUCGGACCCGUGGCCGGCGUCGUCGUUCACAAUACAGGUCGCAUAUACUUUUAUCGUGGACGGACUUUGACAGCAGACGUUUUUUAUGCCAUCCGACAGCCGUUUUAUCGAGCUGAGAUACACUGCGUUUUGAUUCCAGGUGAGUCCCGCUCGAUAUAUCGACAUUACUGGCUCAGACGUGGAAUAGACCACAUUUCCCAAGCACUUGAUACUGGCCUGGGACUUAGUGUUCAGGGCGUACAAGAUGAUAGCACCGGUUCCUUCGCCAAUCUAUUUCUCAUCAUCGCCUGGCUAAACCGAUGCUUGACUCAUCACUCCACCUGCCGUGGGUAUGCGGAGGGUGCCGGCCAGCUCCCAUCCCGCGUCCUCGAUGUUGGACAUGUCAAAAGUGAGGCUGUGCACCUUCAUAUUUCCAAGCCCGGAGAAAAAGAUCGAUACAUAGCAUUGAGCCACCGAUGGGGCAGGACCAAUCCAUUGACAACCACCACCAAGACUCUACCCGAUAGAGUAGCCGGCAUCGCGUUGACCUCACUGUCGCAAACAUUUCGUGAGGCUAUCUACGUGGCACGAAUGCUUGACAUCAAAUACCUGUGGAUCGACUCUUUGUGCAUUCUCCAAGACUCACAUGAUGAUUGGAAAGAGCAAGCUGCUCUAAUGGGUACGAUAUAUCGCCAAGCCUUUGUGACAAUUGCUGCAACCGACACUGAGGAUGCGUCGUCGGGCUUGUUCUUUCCACGAAGUCCGACCAAAGGAAAGCCAUGCAAACUCCACUUACCGUUGAGGAAAGACAUGUUUGCUAGCGAGUCAGGACCUCUGUAUGCGACAAGCCCUCACUUUCGGCGUGGCAAGGAUAUUGGCCGCGUUAGAGGCCCAUUGGACACUCGUGCGUGGGUCUUGCAAGAGCAGAUUCUGUCGGGCCGGGUGUUGAACUUCACCAAGGACCAGGUCUACUUCGAGUGCCUGAGUACAGAGGCUAGUGAGGUUCUGCCGUACACUCUGGAGAAUGCGAUGGACGACGAGUCGCACUAUGUCUCGACACUCAAGCAUGGUAUAGGCGGUCUGCUACCGCACGACAAACCAGAAGCCAGCACGUACUUGCAUCGGGCCUGGUAUCUCAUGGUGGAAGACUACUCGCGUCGACAGUUGACUGUGCCCACCGACAAAUGGGUUGCCAUGCUCGGUAUCGUCACGGAAAUGCAGCGAGCUACAGAUGAUGUCUGCUCAUUCGGGCUUUGGAACCGCUGGCUGGUCCAUGACUUGUUAUGGGCAGUAUACAGCGCGAGCUAUCCUAGGACCAGCCUUCAACAGGAAAAAAUGAUUACUCCCGGGCCAACUGGCAAACGGAACACAUCCCUAUCAGUGCCUUCCUGGUCCUGGUUACAAAUCGAGGGCCACAUCAAAUAUCUGCCCGACCCAUACAACGUUGUCCUGCAAGAUCAAGUCCUAGUGCAGAAAAUGGAGUUGCAAAAUGCCGACGCAACAUGCCCCCCCGGCGUCGACCACAAGAAUCUCCCUCGCCUUCGCAUCCGAGGACCCCUUAAACCUGGCAUCCCUGCUCUAUUCGUCGCUGAUGCAGAUGAGGACAACUCUGAGGGCUCAGGGCAAGUUGCCGGACCACCGGACACCAGUUCCCAGGAAGCACUAACAUCUCAACACGAAUACCCUCGCAUGGCUGAACCAGACUUUCUAUCGGCUGCACUCGACCCGACAGAUGAUCGUGCCACACGCACGUGGCGUAUCGCGAGCGACUUGGAAGAGGAAAUCUACGGGCCCAAACCAAUGAUGGACGAAGACGAACCCAUAAUUGGCGUAAUACCUCAGGGUAGAUUGAACCAUGUCAUUCACGACCAUGUUCUGGCCGAUAGACCCAAUGCAGACCGUCGGAUGACGGAGCUGUAUGCGCGAGGCACCGGGUCGGACGAGCUACGUCACACCUUUCUCAAAGAGAAAGCUAACAAAUAUGUUGUUGCAACAAAGAUCGAGAAGACGCCCAUCGGUUUCUGGGCACCGGACAUUGAUGGCGAGCUCCCCACGGCAAGGCUCGACGAGCUGGGGACUCUUUUGGAUGAGGAGAUAACUUCUCUGCUAUUUGUCGGUAUAUGUCGUGGUCGAGGAUGGGUCCGAUGUCUGGGAUUGCAGCUCGUUGGAACUGGGGUAGAGGCAAUGCUAGCGAAUGUGUGGCGUCGCGUUGGCAUGGCAUGGAUACUCGAGGAGGCUUGGGACCAGACCGGAGGCAUCGAGACAGAAGUCACGCUGAUCUGA